CACACUUAUUGUUCUCCGGUAACGGGACAGAGAUGCUGUGGCACAACACAGGGUGUGUACGGAGGGAGGGCAGAUAUUGCUGGGCAACACGGAGGGGUAUGAUGGGGUUAUUGUGCUGACAUCACUCACUCAGUCAGGGUCACCGUUCACGCGCGGGGGUCGUGAUGAUGCUCGUGUGAGAGCGCAGGCUCGACCAAUUACAUUAAUUGUGGGACAAGAUGAAGGUAUCUGGAGACAGGAAGUAAACCUAACAUUGGAUUCGGACGUGCCUUGAAAGCAGUGUUUUACAGAUUUCGGAUGCAGCUAACAUAGGGAUGAAACGCACUCUGUAGAUCAGUUUGUCCGUUUAAGGCCACUAUAGGAACAUGACGACGACUUCUAUGCAAAGAGACCCGCUCGCGGCGUAUGUAAAUAAAAACGGCUCAUUCUAAGGUGUUGAGUAUCAGGGGACAGCAUGGCUCCUCGUCCAUCAUCAGGAGAGUUAUGGGGGCUUCACCUUAUGCCUCCUCGUAUCCUGGUGGACUGCUGUCUUCCCAAUGGCAUUCUGGUUAGUUUGGAGUGUUUGCGAGAGGCACCGCUGACCAGCAUAAAACAACAGCUGUUUAGUGAAGCUCGCAAAUACCCCCUCUACCACCUGCUGCAGGAAGAGUCGUGCUACAUCUUUGUGGGUGUGACUCAGGAAGCAGAGAGGGAGGAGUUCUACGAUGAAACUAGACGACUGUGUGACCUACGACUCUUUCACCCCAUCCUGAAGGUCAUUGAGCCAUUGGGAAACCGAGAGGAAAAAAUACUUAAUAGGGAGAUUGGUUUUGCUAUUGGAAUGCCCAUCUGUGAGUUUGAAUUGGUGAAGGACCCGGAGGUUCAGGACUUCCGCCGGAACAUUCUGAGCGUAUGCAGGGAGGCGGUGGAGGAGCGUGAAGGAGGAGGUGCUCACACGCAGGCGCUGUACGUCUAUCCCCCAAACGUGGAGUCAUCACCUGACCUGCCAGAACACAUCUACAGCAAACUCGACAAAGGUCGUCUGAUUGUGACAAUUUGGGUGAUCGUGUCUCCGUCCAACUCAAAGCAGAAGUACACGCUAAAGAUCGCACACGACUCGCUCCCAGAGCAGCUCAUAGCUGAAGCCAUCCGCAAGAAGACGCGCAGCAUGCACCUGUCUGCGCAGCAGCUGCGUCUGUGUGUGCAGGAGUAUCAGGGACAGUACAUGCUGAAAGUAUGCGGAUGUGAUGAGUAUUUCCUGGAGAAAUAUCCCCUCAGCCAAUAUAAGUACAUCAGGAGUUGUAUCACACUGGGUCGUCUCCCUCACCUGAUGUUGGUCAGUAAGGACAGUUUGUACAGUCAACUUCCUGCCAGUGGAUUCAUGGCUCCAUCCUACAGCCGUCGAACGCCUCAGCCGAGUCCGUGUCCUGGCGGGGGAGAUCCGGGAUCGUCACGCUCGCUCUGGGCUUUUAACACACACCUGCGAGUACGACUGCUGUGCGCUACAUAUGUCAACGUCAACAUCAGAGACAUAGACAAGAUCUAUGUCAGGACAGGUAUAUAUCAUGGAGGAGAACCGCUGUGUGACAACGUCAAUACUCAGAGAGUACCCUGCUCCAACCCCAGGUGGAAUGAAUGGCUGUCGUAUGACAUUUAUCUGACGGACGUCCCUCGCUCUGCUCGCCUCUGUCUCUCUAUCUGUUCUGUGAAGGGACGCAAGGGUGCAAAAGAGGAGCAUUGCCCGCUGGCGUGGGGAAACAUCAAUCUCUUUGACUAUAAAGAUACUCUGGUCAGCGGUAAAGUGGCUUUGGGUUUGUGGCCGGUCCCUCACGGUCUGGAGGAUCUUCUCAAUCCGAUCGGAGUUUCUGGAUCAAACUCAAACAAAGAAACGCCGUGUGUAGAGCUGGAGUUUCCCUGGUUUAAUCAGACCGUUGUGUUUCCUGAUGACCAGCAGAUAGAGGAACAUGCAAACUGGAGCAUCUCUCGUGAGCUGGGCUACAGCUACUGUCUGGGACUGAGCAGUCGUCUGGCGUGUGACAGCACCAUAUCGCAGGCAGACGCAGAGCAGCUGCGCACACUGUGCAGUCGAGAUCCGCUGUAUGAACUCUCAGAACAAGAGAAAGAUUUCCUGUGGAGACACAGACAUUACUGUGUGAAUAUUCCAGAAAGUCUUCCUAAACUGCUGCUGUCUGUCAAAUGGAACUCACGGGAUGAAGUGUCACAGAUCUACUGUCUGCUGAAGGAUUGGCCGUUGAUGGAGCCUGAAUCUGCUCUGGAACUUCUGGACUGUAAUUUUCCUGAUCCGAUGGUCCGUGAGUUUGCGCUGCGCUGCCUCAUUCAGGGUCUCACAGAUGACAAACUCAGUCAGUAUCUGCUGCAGCUUGUGCAGGUACUGAAAUAUGAGAUGUAUCUGGAUAAUCCGUUAGCUCGUUUCCUGAUCAAGAAAGCUCUGACCAAUCAGAAGAUUGGCCAUUUCUUCUUCUGGCAUCUUAAGUCAGAGAUGCAUAAUAAAACGGUGUCGCGGAGGUUUGGACUUCUGCUGGAGGCCUUCUGUCGGGCGUGUGGCAUGUACCUCAAACAUCUGAACAGGCAGGUGGAGGCCAUGGACAAACUGGUGAACCUCACAGAUACUCUCAAGCAAGAGAAGAAAGAUGAGACACAGAAGACUCAGAUGAAGUUCUUGGUGGAGCACAUGUCCCGCCCAGAUUACAUGGAGGCACUGCAAGGGUUUGUUUCUCCUCUAAACCCUGUUCACCAACUGGGAAAUCUCAGGUUGGAGGAGUGUCGUAUCAUGUCUUCAGCAAAGAGGCCACUGUGGUUAAACUGGGAGAAUCCAGAUAUCAUGAGCGAGCUGCUCUUCACCAAUAAUGAGAUCAUCUUUAAAAAUGGAGACGAUCUACGUCAGGACAUGCUAACGCUACAGAUCAUUAAAAUUAUGGAAAAUAUCUGGCAAAAUCAAGGGCUGGACCUGCGAAUGCUGCCGUACGGCUGUCUGUCCAUUGGUGACUGUGUCGGUCUUAUUGAAGUGGUGAAGAACUCUCACACCAUCAUGCAGAUUCAGUGUAAAGGUGGACUGAAGGGGGCGCUACAGUUCAACAGUAACACACUUCACCACUGGAUCAAAGAGAAGAACAAGGGGGAGGCUUAUGACAGAGCCAUUGAAUUAUUCACACGCUCAUGUGCUGGAUACUGUGUGGCAACUUUUAUUCUGGGUAUUGGAGACCGACACAACAGCAACAUCAUGGUGAAGGAAAAUGGACAGCUCUUCCACAUUGACUUUGGUCAUUUCCUGGAUCAUAAAAAGAAGAAGUUUGGAUAUAAACGAGAACGAGUUCCUUUCGUCCUCACGCAGGACUUCUUGAUUGUCAUCAGUAAGGGUGUGCAGGAGUGUACCAAGACCAAAGAUUUUGAGAGGUUUCAGGAGAUGUGUUAUAAAGCGUACCUGGCCAUCCGUCAGCAUGCCAGUCUCUUUAUCAAUCUCUUCUCUCUGCUGUUGGGUUGCGGUAUGCCCGAGCUGCAGAGCUUCGAUGACAUCGCAUAUCUGCGCAAGACGCUCGCUCUAGAGAAGAACCAGCAGGACGCGCUGGAGUAUUUCACCAAACAGAUGAACGAUGCCCACCAUGGAGGAUGGACAACCAAGAUGGACUGGAUAUUUCACACCAUCAGACACAUGCCUAAUGAACACUGACACACACACACACACACACACACACCUGAGCAGCUCUACUGUUAACAUCACGGGAAUGUAGCUGUAGGGUUAUUUUUGCUGUACAGUCCCAGUUAUCUGUAAAGUCUCUAUACAGAAUGCGAUUCGACGGUUUAUUCUGUUAUGCAUUGUACCAUGGUCUGUCUGAAAACUUGAUUCUGAUUGGCUUAAAGGUCUGCAACAAAACCGUUUAAUGUACAGGUAGUUCAAUUUGAUCAUAAUUUUAAAAUCGGUAACCAUAGUAACAGCUGUGGGUUAUACCCGUCUAAUGAAGAACGUCAUGUAAGAUAUCAGGGAGAUAAACUGAAAAUAAUGUAAGUGUAGCUUGUGGUCAAACCCUAUUUUAACAAUAAAUACAUGGACACACAAUAAGGUCUCCACAAACACACACUGACACUGUGACAAACCGCUUAAGUGCUUUAAAAAGCAACAGGAAAUUUCCACAGUAAGACACAAAGGCUCACGGGAAACCACUGCAGAGCUGUGAGAGCGACAGAAACGCUCGUGACUGUGAGAUGAAUAUCUGGAGAUCUUCCUUCAGGGUGUCGAUGAUCAGGAACUCUUCUGAAGAGUUUACGUUUCUCCUCAGGGUCUCAGUAAAAGUCAAAGGUCAAGCUUUGAUUGACACUGCCACCUUAAAACCAAAUGGGACGAGAUGUCAUAUCAACAGUGUUUCCCAGAAUGCACUGCAGCUCAGAACAGCUGAUAUUUUUAGUCUUCCACAGAAUAGUUAACUGAUAUUGUUGUUAUAAGUAAAGAGAAAAUGUGACGUCGUUAUUUAAAAACUGCCAAUUAAAAUCUCUGCGACUUACAAUCAGCCAGAAUCUGUGGAGAUGCUGCGAGAUUACAAUCUAGAAAUCAUCCAAUCACUUUGACUUGAUGAGCGCCCUGUCAUUUUAUUCAACCGAAGGAUUGUUGAGACGAUCUGAUCGCAUCAGACAUUAUUAUAAGUUAGGGUUACAGAAGAUCACAGUCGUGUGUUUUAAAGGAAACCGAAAGCAUGCGGAUGUUGAUGUUCUGGUAAAUCACAAACAUUGUGAAAUGAUACCAUAAAUAACUCUUCUCACGAUUGCUGUUAGGGUUAUAAAUGUGAUUUAUUUGCAUGUUUCUGACAAAUCUGACCUGCAAUAACACACAAGAUCUGAAAAUAUCACUGUACUGUAAUUUUGAUUAAACUUGAUAAAACAGAUGUUCAGGAUCAGGGUCCAGUCAAGAGUUUUGUUUGUUUGUUGUUUUGUGAGGUUUUGUUUAAUAAACAGUUUUUUAUAUGUUGGGGUA